AGCCAAAGAGAAACAUCAAUAUGCUGCGCAUCGAAAUUCACCUCCUGGCUUUGGGACUUCUGGGCUAUCAGGUGCUUGGGUUGGAGGCAGCCCAGUCCCUUCAAUGCUACAGCUGUGAGGGUAUCAACUGCCAGCGCACAACACGUCUCAAUGCCACGACCACUUGCAGCGAUCAAUUGGACCUAUGUGUAACUGUCUACGAUGGCUUUGCUGUUAGGGAACGUGGAUGUCUUCUGCAUCUUUCGGUCGAAUCGCGUGCCAAAUGUGGGAAUGCGGACGCCAAGGAGUGCCAGAAGUGCAGUGGCAGUCUGUGCAACGACAAAGGACGCGUCGAUUUCAGAUGCGUACAGUGCAAGGGGAGUGAGAACGCACAGUGCAACACGGCGGCAAGCACCCUAACACCGGAGCCUUGUGAAGUGCCAACUUCUCCGAAUUCCUAUUGCUAUAUCCGACAAACGUCAGACGUGGAUGUCCAGCGCGGCUGUUCUGUAAAAGUUAAGGACCAGGUGGAUUGUCUUGCCGACUCCAAAUGCUCCUUGUGCUUAUCAGAGGAUGGACUGGGGUCUGGGGCUUGCAAUUCCUACGACCUCGACCUUGUACGAUCGGGUGCGGCUGCUCCUCAGAUUCUGCUGAGCUUUGUUGGAGUUCUGGCCGUGGUGGCUAUCAAAUUUUUUAAUUAGAUUAAAAUAAUAUUAACGCUUAAUAAUAAAAUCGUGUUUGUUGGGCAAUUUGA